UUUUAGCCUAUUCCAUAUUUUAACGAUUCGAUAUUUUGUCCGGACACGCUUCUCUAUUCUCUUUCUCUCAUUAUUUCUCUCAUUCUUUUCCCUCAUGUUAGUGUACUUACUAAUAAAAUAUCGAUAUAUCGAUCUGUGUUCACCUAUACAAACAUUGUGUCUUACACAUCGACACUUUUCUCCAUUUAAAAUGAGCGAGUUUCUCAACAUAAUGGCUGAUUUUACCAUUUCAUUUUUAUUUUUCUUUUUAAUUUUUCUGUUUAGUAUCAUGAGAUAAUGCUUUUUAAUUUAUAUAAAUUUAAUUGAAAAUAAAUAUAAAUAGUCAUGUGUUUAAGCUUUAACACGUUUUUUUCGUUAAAUUUUUGUCGUUUUUAAUUUAAAAAUUUUCCUAUUUUCAGACCAAAUAAAUUUAAAAAUUUGUGAUAACUUUAAUUUUAUUUCAAAAAAUGGUAUCAGCUAGUGAAGCAGCUGAGGAAUACAGAGCAGUCCUUUCUGACCUGUCGAGGAAUGACAAAACUCAAAUUAAUUUGCUUACAAUUUUGGCAGAGGACUAUGCUUCUUAUUCCAGUGAAAUUGUUGGAGUUAUUGAGGAAUCUCUCUACAAGUGUUCUGUUCCACUCAAAAUUGUUAUGUUAUACGUGAUUGAUUCAAUCGUAAAGAACGUUCAAAUUACUGGAGGUUAUCGUGAACUGUUUGCCAAGAAGAUUGUUGACAUGAUUGUUCAUGUAUUCAAGGAGGUGGACAUCUCUUGAGACAAUUUUUUUUUAUUUUUUACACCAUUUUUAUUUUCUCACAAUUCACUUCUCUCUUCUAUUCUCUUAAAAGAAUCUCUUAAAAAUUCUAUUCUCAUAUUGACGCUAGAUCUCGAUUAUUUUUAAAAAUGAAAAAAUUGCAGGCUUGAGAUUUUGAAUAAAAUUGUGGGCCUGUGUAGGGAUAAUAAUAAUUUUUUAAAGUUUAAAUGUAUGGUUAAGUUUUUUAUUGUUUCAAAGCUGAACCCGUUAGGACUUUUUUGAUAGUUCUUAAAACAAGAUCCAAAAUUGUUUCUAUCCUUACGCCCUUUUUCUCUUCCCCGUCCCAAAAAGUAGAAAUCCAAAAGAAAAUCUUUUUGGGGUAAAAUUGUGUUUUUUGUAAGUUGAAAUGCUAAGGAAACUUGGAGUCGGACCCGAGACAUGUCCCAAGCUGAAUUCGAGCACACAUACUUAUUGUUAAAUUUUAACCAGAGGCCUCUAAUAUUGUUUUUAUGAAUUACCUUGAAAUUUGGAUUACCUUAAAAAGUUUCUCUUGGAAUUUUCUAAAUUUUCUUUAUCCUAUUUUAAAUUUUGUGUUUGACAUUUCCUUCCCCUUUCGUUUCUUUCCUUCCCGGGAAACCUUCCCUUUCCGACUUUAAUUUUGUAAAUUUAACCAAAAGAAGCAACAACAAAUUUAUACGUGUUGAGAAGAGAGAAUUCUCUUCGUCGUUUGCACAAAAAUUCUUGUUUUGAAAAACAUGUCCUUGUAUUUUUGGGACAUUUGUGAUGUCCACGUAUUCAGUUGCCGUCAGAUUUGAAAAAUAAUUUUUUGGGUUUAAAUGGUUAGGAAGGGGAAGGGUAGUUAAGAGGAUA